UAGCCCAAGGCUCGAUCCAUGUGUUUGUUUUCAUUUAUUUUUUAACGUGAUUAAAGGUUUUAAUAAGAUUUAUUCACACAAUGUCGGAAAAAUCAAAUUCCAAUAAUAACCUUAAAAAUAAAAUAUCGAAAGAACUUAGAGCAAAGGCUAAUGAUUUUCUUAAUAACAAAGCUAAAGCUAAUAAUUUGGUGGACAUCAUUCAACAUUUGGAGAACGCCAUUAGAAGUGGCGACAUUCUCACACCUGCCCUCCUAACAUUAGAGGUGGUGUUCACUGAACUGUUAAAAAGAAGGGACAUCGUUUUGUCAUCCACAAAAAAGAAUGAUGAGUCGGAAACAGAAACAAAAUAUCGUGACUGGAUUAAGGAACGAUAUGAAGAAACAUUGAGUCUUAUGCUAAAUGCCAUAGAAAAUUGUGAAAAAACUCAAGACUCUUCGCAGGCAUUGGUGUCGAGCAUGAAACUAUUGGCUGCUGAAGGAAAAUAUCCCAUAGAUAACAUAGAAGCGUUACAUUUUCCACGUAAACGACUACGAAGCAUUAUCGAAAAAAUUCUUUGUGAAACACGUUCCCAAGAGACGGUCAUACAAAGUUUCAAGGAAUACUCUGAAUAUUUGGAUGUUGUGCAAUAUUGUUGGAAUAUUCUUAACGUUGUGGUUAAAAAGACCGGAUACAAAAAUGAAACAUUGGCGCUCAACUGUUUGCAUUUUAUAAAUGCUUUGCCGCUGAGCAAGUCAUUGCAAGAUAGUUCAAAGUUGCUCAUACCUCUGUCAGAAAAAGCUUCAGGAUCGGAACUUUUCGAUUAUUCAGCAACACGCAGACAUAUCAACCGUGUAUGGAAUAAUAUUAUGCAUUGGCUUCAGCCAGACUUGCCAGAGGUUGUGCAUAGGCAAAUGCUUAUAGUAUUAUUGGAGUGCAUUUUGCCACAUUUGGAACAGCCAGUGCUUCUAACUGACUUUCUAAUGGAUUCCCUGGAUUGUGGCGGAGCUGUAUCUCUUUUGGCCUUGCAAGGAGUUUUUACAUUAAUACAGAAACAUAAUAUUACUUAUCCCAACAUAUACGAAAAACUAUACUCCAUGUUCGAACCUGAAAUAUUCCACACAAAAUAUAAGGCACGUCUAUUUUAUUUGGCCGAUAUCUUUUUAACAUCAACACAUUUGCCCGAAAACUUGGUAGCAGCAUUUAUAAAACGAUUGGCACGCUUAAGUUUAAUAUCGCCGCCACAGGAUGCUAUAAUUAUGAUGUAUUUCAUUGGUAAUUUAUUGUUGCGUCACCUGGGUCUUAAGAAAUUAAUAUGCGCCACACAAGCUGAUGAAGUAUCUAAAGACCCUUAUAUAAUGGAGGAGCGUGAACCAACAAAAUCAAAUGCUAUAGACAGUUCAUUGUGGGAAGUCAUUGCAUUGCAGAAACACUCCAUACCUUCCGUGGCAACAGCUGCGCGUUUUAUAUCCCAACCUCUGCCAAAACACGAAUGGGAUUUGUCAACAGUGUUGGAGGUUAAGGAGGACGAUAUUUUCGAUCAGGAAAUUGCGAAGAAAACCAAACAGUACGCUAUGGCUUUUGAGCGACCUCAAACGAUACACUUACCAAAAAAUGAUAAAUUUCAAAGACACUGGUCUUUGAUUUAAACAAUACCAAAUAAAGGAAAACCUUUCCGCCUUGGAAUUAAUCGUCCGUUCAAUAUAUAUUUGCCACUUUUUUUCAUAUGCAUAAAAUUUAUGUCUAGCCAUUCUAGGCUAUUACAAUGGCUAGCUAAAGGGAGACAAGACCGUA